AUGAGGUUCACCUUCACCUCAUUGGGUUUAUUACCGUUCUUUCUGCAAUCGAUCAAUGCUUUCACUUUCAGUACCAGUACACCUGUACAAUGUCAGAAUUUCACCAUUCAAUGGUCUGGGGGAACUCCACCUUAUCAUUUCAGUCUUGUUCCUACAAUCACCGUCAAUGGCGGACAUAUAAUGAAUAUAUCGAUUCCAACCGAUUUGCAAUCACCUUAUGAAUACAGUUUCAACCUUGAACAGCCUACUGGAUUGGAUUUCUUAGCUACAAUGAGUGAUUCAACUGGGUUUGGUGCAGGAGGAACUACUAGUGUUUUGACCGUUGGAAGUUCAAGCGAUUCUUCAUGCGUACCGAGCUCCCUUUCGUAUGACUUCACUUUCUACGUCACACCCGAUUCCAACCCAACAUCAUGUUCCUCCAUGGCUGUCACUUGGUUGGAGAAUGCCACCGAACCUGUAUCACUAUUCGGAAUGAUCCCUCAUGGAACAGCAUUCUCUAUUCCAAUCGAUCAGUCAUCAACAACCUACGAUUGGACUGUUGAUAUUCGAGAGAACACUCAAUUCUUGUUGUUUAUGAGUGAUGCAGGACAAUAUCAAACAGGUGGAUCAACACCUUUAUAUCGUGUACAAAGUGGUAAUACGAAUUGUAUCACUUCAAGUAGUCCAACUACCGCCAGUGGAGAUUCAAUGACAUACGCUACUUCUGCAACUGCUUCUUCAAGUUCAGCUUCAGCUUCCGUAUCAGGUGUAGGAGGAAGUUCAUCAGGUGGUUCAAGUGAUACUACUAGUAAGAAAACGAACACAGGUGCCAUAGCAGGUGGAGCCGUCGGUGGAGUAGCUUUCUUAGUGUUGUUGUCUUUGUUACUCUUCUUCUGCGUUAAACGAAGAGCCGCCAGAAAGAAUGACAGAUCUGACCCAAGUGGAUUGAAGUCGUACGGUGUAGGAUCAGCAGCAGCUGAAAAAACCAACAAAAGAAGAUCAAAUCAAUUGGAUCUGGCUGAAGAAGGUGAUUACAACAAUGAUGGUGAUGGAGUAUCAAAUGCACCUUCAAGACAGGUAGAGAUGAACGGUGACGUAUACGAACCUUCUCCAUUCAGAUAUCCUUCACCACCUGAAACUCCUGCUACUGGUGUUGCUUUGGGCGCUGCAGGUUUAGCUGGUGCAGGUACUGGUACUGGUACUGGAACACCGAAUCGAAUGGGUAUUCAACCGUCAAAUCAGAAUACACCAGAGAUGUUGGCUAUGGCAUCUGAGAAAGCUCAAAAUGGACAUAGCAGAAAUACGUCUGCUUUAGGUGUACCUCCAACAAUCAGAACGAGCGGUGAAUCUGUUCAACGUCCCGGAUCACUCACACCAAGUACUCCUACGGGACCAGGAAGUCAUGGAAUCCCCGAAACGGAAGAUUCCAAUAGAGCGACUUUAGGUCACAGUGCAGCUCCCACAGCUGUCGCUACUGCUGGAGCGGGAACAGGAAGAAUGAGCAGUAUUAGAAAAACUCCUUCAAGUCAACAUGUGAAUGCAGCGAGCUCACCAACAGUAUCUGCACCAGGUCAACAAGGAACACCAACAAGCGCUGAGAGAGAGCCCAGGUUCGUUCAACAUGAGGAUGCAGAGGUAAUUGACCUUCCCCCGAGAUAUGAUCAACUCAGAACCAGGAAUCCGGAUCAAUGA